AUGACUCAGCCAAAUCCCAAUAUCACAAUCCUCUGCAGAAUCCGGUCUUCUCCCAUCGAAAAAAGCUGCAUCGUCCCAUAUCCUGACUCCAAAAGUAUCAUCACCAGUCAAAGUCCUCUUAAACAGCUUCGGCCAAGUGAUUUAAAAGAUCCCAUAAAAUUAAAUUCCCUCAGAUCUACCCUCUUAGAAGACUCCCAAAUGCUAAAAUUCGACAGCGUCAUCCACUCCGAUAUCUCCCAAUCCAAGCUUUUUUCUGACUGAGUCGAAAAAUCUAUUGUUCAAAUGAUAGCCGGGAGAAACGUAUGCAUUUUAGCAUGCGGGAUCUCAGGGUCUGGAAAAAGCCAUACACUCCGAGGUGAUGACGGGAAUAACCGAGGAAUUAUUAUCAGAAGUACUGAAACUCUGCUUAAUCAAAUUAAGCAAAAUAACUUAUAUUUGCAAGUAAAAUUUUCAGCUGUAGCACUUAAUGGGGAUUUUUUAGCUGAUUUGAUGAACGGAAUGGAGAUGACGAUUUCUAAUAUGAAUGAUUUGGCCACUUGUAUAAGAGCGGCAAUUAUGAAUAGAAAUUCGUUUGCUGAUAAAGAAAAUAAGGGAAAAAUACAUUUUAUUAUAAGCUUAAAAGUGUAUCAAGGGAAUCAAGCUAUUUCUAGGGCUGAUUUUUUGGAAUUCGCGGGGUCUGAGUUUGUGAAGGAAGAUAAAUCGAUUGCAAGAGCUUUGAAUUCGAUUUCUAAUAUGCUGACUGAUAAUUUUGAAAAUAUUAGAGAAAAUGCGCUGAUUAAUUAUAUUAAAGAUACGCUAGAUGUUUAUCAUUCUAAUACAAAUCCUAGCAAGGUAAUUCUUAUAUGCUGCGCAUCACCUUUACCUAGACAUUAUAAAGAUUCCUUACCGAUAUUAAAAUUUAUAAGCCGAAUUAAAGAAUGCAUUAAUGAAAAGAAGAUGAUAUUAAAUAUGAGUAAUGAAAAAGAAUCAAGAAAACAAAUAGAAAUGCUGACUGAAGAAAUUAAAAAGCUUAAUUUAGAGAAAAAUGAAUUGGAAGAAAAAUAUAAUGAAGAAAUUAAAAAAAUGCAAAAUCAGCACUCAGAAGAAAAAGAAAAAUUAUUAUGUUUUAUUAAACAAAAUUCAAAAAAAAAUAAUAUUGAAAACGAAAGCACAGGAUUAUUCAGCGAAAUAAUUAAUAUAGACGAAAACCAUUCUUUUAAAAGAGUUUUAGAUUCUAGAAUAGAAGAAAGCCCAAUAAAGCAAGAAUCUCCUGUUUCUUAUCGAUUAAAGCACCGUUCAAAUUCAAGCAAAGUUACCCAGAUAAAGACAAAAGAUCUUGCAGAUUUGCAGCAUCAGCUCGAAAAACAGAAUUUUUUAUUAAAAGAAAAAGAUAAGUUUAUAGAAGAGAUGAAGGUAAUUCGCAACUCAACACCUGAUGUAAUUUCCAAAAGAAACAGCUACCAGCUUGAAGAGAGAGAAAAUGAUGCAGAAAACUUAAAGAAAAAGCUAAAAAUGACUGAAGAAAUUUACAGUAAAAAAAUCAGUUUGAUGGCAGCUCAGUUGUUAAAAUACCAACAAAUUACAAAAGAAUUAAAUAUUGAGCUGCAGAAUGUGAAAAAUGAAAAAAUCGAGUUGAGCAAAGAGCUGACAAGUUUACAUGAAAGUCUGCAGAUUUUUGAGGAAAAAUAUUUAAAAUUGAAUCAUCAAAGCAAACUAAAUUAUAAUUGUGAAAAUUUUGAAGAGUAUUUAAGGCAGCCUUUAGAUGAUAUACAAAUAAUGGUAAAAAAUUUAAUUGAAUUGCUGAAAAACGCUGAGAAAUUUCUACCUUCACAGGAUGUUAAUUUUUUUCUGUCAAAAUUUAACUAUAUGAAGCAAAAUGCGAGAAUUGAAAUAGAAAAAACAAAGCAUCUGCUACAGAAUUCUCAAGAACUGAUCCAAAAAUCGCCUGAUUGUCUCGAUAAUUUUUCUUUUAGCAGUGUUAAAAAUGAUAAACCUGAAGAAUAUCCUCUUACCUUUCCUAUCUUGGAUCAAAGGACUGAAUUAAAAUUUUUUUUUUAAAUUUGGAAAAUGAAACCUGUCCUUGAAUUAACGAUUUUUAUAUGAUCGAAAAUUAAACCUCCACCUACCCUCCUAAAAUUAAACUAUCUAUCUUAAUAAUAAUAAAUCUUAGAAACCCUAUAAUAGUAUUUUAUAAUAUCUGCUAAUAUAUUGCCUCUCUACCUCUUAUAGUGAGCGCAUAAAUAUUUUUAUUUGAAAAAAUAUAAUCAUUUUUAUGUAAAUAAAAAAAUCAUAUAAUUUUUUUGACUCUAUACUUGUUGAACAAUGGCGAUUCUUUGAUCAAAGAUGUGGGGGUGAAAUUACAAUAUCUUGCAUUUUGGAUAUUUUAAUAAAAAUAGAUAACAAGCUGACCAAAGAAAAAGAGAUCAAGGAAAAAAUAAAAGAAGAGUCUACUGUUUUUGAUAAAUCCCAAAACUUAGAAAAUAAAUCACAGCGAUUAGAAAUUGUUUAUUUAAUGAACCAGCUUAGUAACUGCAUAAAAGAAAACAGAUCAAAAGAAGAUCAUAUUCAAAGAUUGCUAGUGUCCUUAAAUUCAUUAGAAUCUGAUUCUCAUAGCUUUAAAGCUAUUUUAUCUGAUUAUGAAGAUUUAGUAAAUGAGCUAAAGCUUAACUUAACUUAACUUAUUAGGUUCUGUGUUUAAAGCCAUUCACGGGGUAACCCCUCCCAGAGCUUCCCGCUGCUUCUUCGCCGCAUAGGGCCCGCCGACCGUCUGGGGCCAGUCAGCCUCGAUCUCCAGUACGCGCCUCCGGAGCAGUGUUGCCGACUAAGGCGGCUCAUGCCUGAGCUACUUCGCUUGAGGAUAUGGGUUGCCAUUCCGAAAAUCCAUAAAAAAUGGAUUUUCUGGUAGGCUUUCGGCAAAAAGGAAAAACACGAAGCCUGGAACGUAACGCCCAGUUUCACGCUAGGGAGUUGCCCGAUUGGUCCUAACGGACUUGGCUGAGCUUCCCCUUCCAACUUGCGUGCCUCCUUUCCCAUGAGGAAAAACAUUCCCGAAAGUAGACUUGGGCUAGGCUCUGAACACAACCAGAAUUGCUAACCUAGCAUUGCCGCCCGUUCCUGAAAUGCAAAACCUUGCCGGAUAUAAUUAAAAUAUGAGUCGAGUAUGCAUGGCCGGGAGGCCAUGCCCAGACGAAGACGCCAUAUUUUAAUUAUAAAUGAGCUAAAGCAAUGCAUAUCAAAUUUGUCAAUAAAAUUAGAAGAAAAUCAUGCAAAAAUAGCACAAUUGUCAGAAGAAAAAAUUAAUUUGGAAAAUAAAUUAUACAAAUUUUUGCACAAUGGCUUUAAAUUUCUUUUAAAAUUAAAUUAUAUUUUAAAAGAUUUAAAAUAUUUAUUCAAUAAAAUAGCACUAUUUCAAUCUAAAUCAUGAUAAAUAAUUUGGUAAAUGAGCAAGAUGCCAACGCAAAAAGAUUCUAUCAAUACAGGCUAGAAAAUGACUCAGCCGAACAAAAAAAUGAAUCUAUUUCAGCUGAAAUUGAUAUAGAGGUUUCCUCUAUAUAGCGCUAAAAGCGCAGACAUUUGCCCAGGAGCUUUCCAAGUUCGUCGGACCAAAUCGCUUUUUGGUCCGACCAGGCAUUGAUUUGGUGCAACCUACCGAUAAAUUCCGAUCAGAAUUUAUCGGCCUUACAGCGCAAAACAUAGGAAACUUCUAUACAAUGAGGAUGCAGAUUUCUGAUUUGGUGCUAAUUAAUAACCAUUUACUUAUUGAAAAAAAUGAGCUAAAAGAAGAAAUUGAUAGGCUAAACAAACCAUUCAAGUUCUAUAAAGCCCAUAUAACAAAAAUAGAGAAUUAUUUUGAAAACUUAAAAGAAAUUCAAGAAAAAAGUAAAUUGGUAGUAACUGAAGAAAUAUUUAAAGGCUAA